AUGCUUCAGCAUGAGGAGGAUGAAGAAGAAAGUGAAAAACUGCAGGAAAGAAACAGGGCUAGGGAAGAAAUGGAAGAUGAGGGAGGAAGACGUUCGAGAAAAAGGCCAAGGAAAGAGGAUGCAAACAGGCAGGAAGAAACCCCGACUCCAACUCCAGAGCAAAUACCUUUGCGGGAGGAACGUUCAAACUCAAAGGCUAUUGGAACGGAAAGGGACCCCCUUCCCCCAGUUGGGGAAGAAAGUAAGGAAAGCAAUCCAGAAACCGACAAGUUAGAUGGGAGGGAAACCGUGGAGGGGGAGGAAGACACAGAAAAUGGAGGCAGGCAGGACAAGCCAGAAGAGGGGGAAAUGGACACCCUGUCCCCCAUGCUGAAUGAGGACACAAUAAGCGACAUGGAUGAUACAUCAGAAGAGGGGGAGAUAUCGGACUCGGAUUGCACUGUAACAGCCAUAGAGGAUGCUUCUACAGUCAACCAAGUGCCGCACCCAUACGUGACGCCAACCCGGGGUGAACCCCCAAAAUUAGUAAAAAAAAAAAGAAGAAAAGCCCGGAAUACAAUCCCAGAACCCCGUCACCUCCAGCCCCAAAAUGGAAACUAUAAAUGGGAAGGUUGA